GUGAAAAAUACACAAAAAAAUAAGAAGACGUAACAAGAAAAUUUGUCCGGGUAUAGUUGCAGUGAAAAAAUAGUUAAAAAUAUCAAAAAUUAUAAAUAAAUGCAUAGAAUAACUUAAAAAUAACAACAAACUGCUAGAGAAUAUGCAAAAAUAAAAAAGAUUUUGCAAAAAACAACAAAAGAAAACUUCUAUUUAAAGAAGAAAAUUACGACAGCAAAAAUAGAUAAAAGCUAGCGGAAAAAAGGGCAACUGAGAAUAUACAGAACAAAAACAAACAAGUCAGCAAGUAGAAUUAAUAGUAACAACAAAAACAACAACGAGUGGCAAAAAAAUAAAGAAAAAAAUACCAAGAAUAAGAAAUUGUCAACUAACCAACUAAGAUAAACCAAGUAUAAAUAAGAAACAAGAGAACGAGACGUGUGCUGGGUUGCUGUUGUUGGCGGUGUCAGUUUGUUGACGCUAUAUACAUUUGCUUGUUUUUAAUAAUAGCCCGAAAUAAAAAAAAAGAAAGAAUUGUGUGAACACAUCAAGACAACAAACAGUUGUUACUGGUUCCGUAAUACAUCAAACUAGAAGAACUAUCACAAACAAAUAGAAACUGAGGAGCUGAACAAUAAAGCAAUAGAAAAAAAUUCCUUUUUUUAUAUACAUUCAUAUAAUCAUAACAACAGACUACAAAAAUGGACUCUUUAAAAAUAUCCAAAAGUUCUUCAAGCUCGUCAACUAAUAACGCCUCAUCGCCCAGCACAAAUAAACCCACGGCAGGACAAACCUCCUCCACUCAGACUACAGUGCCCAUAACUGUACGUUUUAAUGCUGGCGAUGAAUGUAUUGAUGACAUAUUUCAAUCGUUUCAUACAACAAAUACCACUAAUACGUCAGCCACAAAUACAGGAAGUGGUGGUGGUGGUGGCGGCGUUAGUGGCAAUACUAUCGGUUCAUCGAAUACCAACAAUGCUAAUAUAACAGCCACUGGCGCUAGUGGUGGUGGAGGAGGUGGUGAUUCCCUAUCAACCAGUCCUUCGCAACAUCAUCAAAAUCCUAUAAAUAAU